AUGGCUACCAUAAACGAGAACCAGGUCAAGGUCCUGGAGCAGACUAGGCAGCGUCUGCUGCAACUGACUCACUCUCUCGGCUCGCUCACUGGCAGCCUGCAGCACAGUGACCCUCUGCCUUCAUGGUCCUCCUUACAGUCGCAAGCCACCAUUAUUUCGAACAAUCUCAUCAACAUCUGCACCCAGUUGUCGGAACACCAAGAACUUCUAUCCUCGCUAGUCGCGUAUCCGGCGCCGUCCUUCCCUGGCACUACCCAACAAGGCGUCCUAGAGCAAUUGCUGCGCACGAAACUAGACCCCCGAGUUGAAGACUGGGUUACAAGAGGCCGGAUUGCAGGCACCGAAUCGCUGGACGCAAGCAAUGGGCUCGGCGAAGCAGACUUGGCGGAGUUAUGGGCAUGGGCGCCUAUUGAAGCAAACCAAGAAGCUCGAAGGCGGAACUGGGGAGGGAACUAUACACUAGAAGAAAAGGAAUUGGGAAUCCAGAAUGUGGUGACGGGUCUAACACGGCAGCUGCCGGACGAUGACGAAGAUGAAGAAUCCGACGAGGAAGAAGAGGAGGAAGAGGAUGGAGAGAAGAUGGAUAUCGUUGGCGUGCAUACGAAGCCUGGCGUUGGUGGCGUUGAGUUUGAUCUGGCGAGGGCAAGGGAUCAUGUUCCGAGCGCUUCAGCUUCGCCUGCUCUGCCCCUCGCCGACAUUUUCCGCUAUAUGAUGACGGGGAUGAAGCCGAAAUCUGGGCCUUGA